CACUGUCAAAAUGGUUGAUGUGUUGUGCAUUACUGUGUUUAAAUUGCUGAAUUAUCAAUAUUUUAGCUUUUUUACUCAAUUUCUAACCGAAAAAUACUAAAUGAUGAACAUGUGCAGAACUUGCCUCAAAACUCCAGCUGAUAAGCGUAUUUUGGAGCUGGAGAAUGUCAUAAAAGAUGGCAACAAGAACUCUUUCCACAUUAUGCUGUUUUGUUUAGAUAUAGAGGUCAUCGAAGACUCUAAAAUAACAACGAAUUUAUGUAACAAUUGCUACAGAAAAAUCAUAUCGUUUUACAAGUUUAAGGCCCUAUCUCUGGAAAAUGAUGCAUAUUUAAAGUCUCUGAAACCAGCUGUACAAUUGGAAGACCAGAAAUUGUCUGUGUACGUGGAUGAAAACGGAAUUAAACAUGAGAAUAUCUUAGAUCCUGAUGAUUUUGGCCCCAGUCUCUUAGAAGACAAUGCAGAAUUUAAAAUAGAAGUAGAGAUUGAGGAAGAAAAGUCAUUUGGAGAUACAGAAAUACAUGUUAAGAAUGAAGAUACAUUGCAAGAUUCAGAGUCAGAUGAAGAGCCGUUGAGUGUGGUACAGAAUGUUAAAUAUGAAAAUGUCAAAAAUGAUUAUAAUGAAAAUGCAGCAGUGCACAAAAAACGGAGGCAUCCCAAAAAAGUAAAACUACCAAAAAAAGGAAAGGUGAAAGAAGAGUGUCAAGUGUGUGAGGAGUGCGGCAAGUCCGUCCGUAACCUCAAGGGUCAUUCCCUUCUUCACCAACAAAAGGGUGAGAGGCAGAUGAUUCAGUGUAAGCUCUGCCCGAAACUCUUCAGUACUGAUUCAGGUCGCCACAAACAUUACCGUAACAUCCAUUUAGGCUUAUCUAAUGUAAGAAAAUCUAUAUGUGAUAUUUGUAAUAAAGAGGUUAAAUAUCUGAAGGGACACAUAAGGAUGAUGCAUAAUCGGGAAAGUUUACCAUAUGGCUGUGUGUCAUGCGACCGCCGUUUCACGUGCCGUUCGGCACUUGAGAAACACAUGGCCCAACAUGUUGGCGUGCCAGAAAUACCAUAUGAGUGUGAUAUAUGCAAAAGGAGGUUCCGCAAUAAGAAUCUUGUCUCAAAACAUAUACGGCAAUUCCAUUUAAAUGAAAAAAAUUAUCAAUGUGAAAUCUGUUCUAAGACUUUUUUCGAGAAACGACCAUUUAUUAUUCAUAUGGACUCGCACUCUGACGAGCGACGAUACAAAUGCAAGGAGUGCGGCCUAGGCCUCAAGACACAGGGCACACUUCGAAAACACAUGAUUGUGAUUCACAGUGACGUCAGGAAGUACCCGUGUACAGUGUGCAGUAAGAGCUUCAAGAUAUCAGCGAUCCUAAAGGACCACAUGCGAACACACACGAAGGAGAAGCCUUACCCGUGUCGAUUCUGCGACAUGCGCUUCGGCCGCCGACACCAUCUCAAGCGACACGAGUUCACCAUUCACAAGAAUAUGAAAACAGAAUGAGUUGCAAUCUCUUCAAAAGUUACAGUUGAAACUCGGCCUGACGU